CCUUGCCCUUAGUUUUAUUAGGGGUCAAAAAGGUAAUUUUGUCUGAAAUGUUCUUCCUCAUUAUUAAGCUGCAACACAGCCAAAUAAACUCUCGAAACACUUUAGUCCCAUUUCAGAUCGAUCAAUUGUGAAAUUAGGGAUCUGAAAGAAUUAAUCUGAUAAUCUGAUUAUGGAAGCUGCGGGAGAAGCUGAAUCAUUCCUCGAUAAAAUCAAGCCUCCGCGGCUGGAGGACGCCGGCCUCGAAGACUGCGCGCUGCCACCGGAAUCCAUCAGAGAGGCGUUUCUGAAGGCCGCGUCCGCCGUCAGAUCGUUCAUCUCAGCAUCCGACGACGAAGGCGAAGGAUGCGUCGAAGAUCCAUGGGAGGACGCCUCCGACACCCUCGUCGGAAUAACUGACGGAGUAGCCGGUCCUUCUGAAGGCUGCGCCGUCGAGAAAGGCGGCGGAUUGACGGAGGCGCCGGGAGAUAAGGUCGCGGUAGGCAGCGGCGAUGAGGAGGCGAAGGUGGAUGCGGUGGUGGGCCCCGGUUUGCCGGAGGGUGGUGAGGCUUGCGUUGAUGGAUUGCAAGGGCUGGAAAUUGGUGGAAAAGGUAGGGGUAUUUUGGGAAAGAAAUGUGACGUGGAUGUGGAUGAGGAUGGAGAAAAGGACAAAGAUAACCCCAUUUUAGCUGAAGGUUUUGGUGUGUAAAUUGGUGUGCGAUUUUAACUUUCGUAAUAGUUUCAGUAGUUUUUGUUUACUGAAUUUAGUUGUUUAUUGUAAUUUGUAAGUCGUCGUUCGAGAGCUUAGUUCUUAAUUAAUUUCGUUAUCUAUAUAAUAUAUAAAAGUUGAAUUGCACACCUAA